AUGACCGGCGAUUCAAUUGUAUUUUGUCCUGUUUGGAAUUUUCCAAUAGUCUUAGUGUAUCCAGUAGUUGUCCAAUGCUGGAAUAUUUGUAGAAAAUGGGCUCAACCCUUUGGUAUUCCUCUUUCUCAACAUUUGAAAUUAACAUUGAAAACAGUACUAACUGAGUAAUCUGAUGAACUUUGUAAUGGUGCUUAUCAAGCACAAAAUGUUAGUCAAUUUUGGUACAAAGAAAAACUAUCACGUGAAGAUGCUAUUAAUUUACUUAAGACAAAACCACCUGGUACAUUUCUUAUUCGUGAGAGUCAAGGUUUUCCAGGUUCAUAUGAUCUUGCUGUUAAAGUGGAAACAUUACCACCGGAUAUUCAACCGAAAGCAGGUGCUGAUCCAAAUGCUGUACUUGUUCGACAUUAUCUUAUUGAACGAACACCAACUGGACAUAUGCGAUUAAAAGGAUGUCCUGAUGAACCUGAUUUUGCUAAUCUAUCAGCAUUAGUAUAUCAACAUACAGUUACGCCACUUGUGUUGCCAAUAAAACUUGUUUUACCUACUCAUGAUAUUACUGAAGAUUAUCAUUCUAUAACAAAUCAACAACAAGAAACAAAGAAAGUGUCUGCUAAAGAUUUACUUGAAAAAGGAGCUGCUUGUGAUGUUUUAUAUUUGAAUAAUGUUGAUAUUGAAUCAUUAUCUGAUCAAAUGGCAGUAGCUAAAGCAUUACGUAGCACAUUUGAUAAUCCUGAACGUUUACAAGCCACAAUUGUUCAUUUUAAAGUAACAUCCGCUGGUAUUACAUUAACUGAUAAAAAGAAAAAAUUGUUUUCACGACGUCAUUUUCCAAAAGAAAAUGUGACAUAUUGUGGUAUUGAUGAUGAAACUGAUCGUUUUUGGACAUAUCAAUAUGAUGAUCUUGAAAUGUUACCACGAGCAAAAUGUUUUGGUUUUGUUUCAAAAAUAAAUAAUGAUGCAACAUUUUCACAAUCAAAGAGUGAGUGUCAUAUAUUUGCUGAAAUCGAUCUAUCACAACCAUCGACAGCUAUUGUUAAUUUUGUAUCAAAAGUUAUGAUUGACAGUGUACCUGUUUAA